CAUCCUUCAGUCUUCAUCUUCCUCACCAAAUCAAAAUCCUUACCCUAAGAGUACUAGCUGUGAACGAUGUCGGGUCGUGGUAAAGGAGGCAAGGGGCUCGGCAAGGGAGGAGCAAAGCGUCAUCGGAAAGUUCUCCGUGAUAACAUUCAGGGCAUCACGAAGCCGGCGAUCCGGCGUCUGGCUAGAAGAGGUGGGGUGAAGAGAAUCAGUGGGUUGAUCUACGAGGAGACCAGAGGCGUUCUGAAGAUCUUCUUGGAGAACGUCAUCCGUGAUGCUGUGACUUACACUGAGCACGCUAGGCGGAAGACGGUGACCGCCAUGGAUGUGGUUUACGCCCUCAAGAGGCAGGGAAGGACUCUAUACGGGUUUGGUGGUUGAGAUUCGUGUAAUAGGAUUGACGCCACUUUUGGCCUCUGUAUUGGCCUUUAUUGCGAAAUCCAUUCUCUGAAAUUUCGCUAUUUGUUUCUUAGAUCUUUUAAGGUUCCUGCUGUGUAGAUGAUGUCUUGAAAUGGUUAAGAACCGCGGUUCUUUGAACGAGAAAAGACUUGCUUUCGUUUUAAUGGAAAUAGAUAUGUUCUCCAA